CCAGUAGUCCCAGUGUGUCCUGGUUCCCCAACACCUGACGUCGACCUUGUUAAUCCGGCCGACCUCUGAGCUUCAGUUAUCUGUCUCUUGAUAUCCAAGUUUCAUCUUGCAUCACCACUUACAAGAAAACUCCUCCUCCAGUGCCACCCAGAACUUCAACCUGCUCCACAGCCUCCAAGCCAUACAUCUCCAUUACAGCCCAGAGCAGCACAGAGUCUGCACAGGAUGCCUACAUGGAAGAAGAGGGACCUAGAGGUGACAUGACCAUCCAAUCAGGGCUUAGUAACUCCACAGAAAGCAUUGACAGUAUGAAGGCCUUGACAGCUGCCAUAGAGGCUGCUAAUGCUCAGGUCCACGGACCAGCGAGUCAGCAUGUCAACAAUAGCACCAUGACAGUCAACACCACCAUCCCCUCAGUCCUGAGCAGGGGGCAAAUAGUUGAAGACCACCGGGAUGAUUAUAGGAAAGAUGCGCUCAGGAAGGGGAAAUGUCUCUCAAUAGGCAUCCAGGUUGAUGGACCAGAGGAUGUUCCAGAUCCAGAGGACCCCUCCAAGUUCACCUCUGUAGGUGUGCAAGUGGAAGAUGACAGAGGGUAUCGUCGGUUCCAGCGCUCCAAUAGUGUGACAGCAGCUGUGCAGGCAGAUCUGGACAUGCCAGACCUACUAGACACACCUAUAAACUCCCCGGACACUGACAUGGAAGUACUGUCAUCUCGUGCCAUCCCUCGGCAAUAUUCCCGCGAUGCCGCCACUUCCACAGUCAGCAUCCAGGGCUCAGGGAACCACUACCAUGCCUGUGCCUCUGAUGACUAUGAGGAUGUGGGCUUUGACCCAUCCAUCCUUCCCCCUCCAGACCCAUGGAUAGACAGUGUAACAGAUGACCAACUUGAUGUCAAUUUCAACAGUUCUGCUAUACUGGAGGUGGUGCAGAGAUCAGUUUGCCAGAGAGAUGGACGGUGGUUUCUGAAGCUGCUGCAGGCUGAAACCGACCGCAUGGAAGGCUGGUGUCGACAGAUGGAACUCGACCAGCGAGAGAAUGACCUGCCUGAAGACAUCCUAGAGAAGAUGAGAAGUGCAAUGGGAAGUGCUCAGCUUCUGAUGUCCCAGAAGUUUGAACAGUUCAGGGAGCUGUGUGAGGAGAACCUGAACCCCAAAGCCCACCCUCGUCCAGUAGCCUCAGAUCUGGCCGGUUUUUGGGAUAUGCUUCAGUUGUCAAUCGAGAACAUAAGCCUCAAAUUUGACGAGCUUCACCAGCUCAGAGCCAACAACUGGCGGCCCUUGGAUCCCCCAGACAGAAAGGAGAGGCGGCUCCCACCUCCAGUGCCAAAAAAGCCACCCAAGGGCCCCCAACAUCAUCCCCCGCUGGCCAGAGACCGCUCACUGGAAAGCUCAGAGAAACAGCGGCAGGAGGCCAGGAAGCGCCUGUUGGCCGCCAAGAGAGCGGCAUCUGUACGACAAAACUCAGCUACAGAGAGCGCUGACAGCAUCGAGAUCUACAUCCCCGAGGCUCAGACAAGGCUAUGAGGACACUGCCAGAGCCACAUAGGGUUGACACGCAGUACACACCAUUCACACAACAAAUGUAUGGUUGUCCACACAAAGGCAAAUGGGUUUCACCACAUCUGGAUAUAUUAUUUCAUUAUGCACAAUGCACUCUGAAGAUAAAUAGAGCUGGAACAUUGAUGGAACAUGUGCCCUUUCCCAAUGCUCACCUGUCUCCUGACUGAUUUAGUUACCUGUAAAUGUAACCAUGCUUCCUCUUGAUCCAAACUCAGGAUCCACAUGGUCCAAACUUGGUCAUGUUUAAACAUUCUUUAGAGCAGCAACAUGGCAGACACCCCAAAGCUGGUUUUAAAAUUUCAGUUUAUAUUCAUCAGUUUUCACAGAGUGAGUGUAUAGUAGGGAACACUCUCCUGACUGGAGUUUACAGGUGUGAUUUAUCUCAUGAUCAGGUGUUGAACCAUAACACUAGUUUGACUUAACAAGUUUACAUAUCUACAGAGGAAGCAGGUCUUCUUCCAUGGGGUAUAGCACGUUCAUGGACUGUCUAUAAAUGAGUGGCUGUGCUUUCCAGGUCACAAAAAUGAAAUCAGCCAACCUAAUCUUUAGCUCCAAUAGACUCGUGUUCAAAAAGUGUCAACUCCUCUCAUUAAAUCCCUUAAAUAAAUUUCUCCAAAAGUUAUUGUGGUAUAUUAGCUCAUUUUAUCACUUUUGAAAGGACUUGCUGAAUCAGGUAGUUCAUAUUAGGCCUCACACAGACACUUGCUCAAAUACAGUCACUCCUGACUCCAAAGUAACAAAGGUGGUGAUUGGUCUCAUAAGGGUAGCCCAAAAUCCAGUGGGUGAAGUCACUGUGGUUAUGUCAGUUUGUUGCCAUGUUGCCAUAGUAACCCAGAACAGAAAAACUCAUUCCAGCACCUUUUAUGUUUUUUACUUAUGUUUUUGUAGCCUCUGUAGAUCCCAUACAGGAGACGGGAAGGCAUGGGGUCAGAUGCCUGAAAUCUGGACCACUAAAUGGUGACGCUAUGAAAUCCAAACGUUCAUUCUUUUAAUUGUUUAGGGUUAUCAGCUGAACAGAUUUGGUCAGAUCAUACAGGUGUCUUUUAAAUGCCUUUUUAACUUGUACAAAUGUGUACUGCACAGAAGUGAUGGACAAUCUUACAUAUGCACACAGAAGUAAUAAUAAUCUUGUGUGACAUGAAAAUACUUCACAUGCCACUCGUACAUAAUGAACACAUGAGUGCUCACAGGCAAUUUCUUUGGUCUUGUGGCUGAAUGAACACAGCAGGCUGGUCUGGUAUAAAAACACUCCCCCCUCUGGAGAAUGCCAUAAUCACGAUUGUUCAUCUUCCUCUAAACCUCCACGUAAUUAGCAACUAGUAUUUUCUUCCUCUAGAUGAACCCUAUUAAAAAUGACUGAAAUGUUUUAAGAAGAUCUCUGUUGUUUUGCAAAUUUCAAUACAAUGUUAUACUUUGGACAUCAUUCUGUGGACAAAGUAGCAGUUUAACAGCUCCACUACUAGUCAGAGACACUGCUAACACAAGCCUUCAGACAAUUUAACUGGAAUUUUUCCAUAUUUGAGUUGUUUCAAGCCUGUCUGACAUGGUCGCUCUGUCUCUGCAGUUCAGUGCUGUGCUGACCAAAACGACAAAAAAAUAAACUUAUAAAUAAACAGAAUUUUAUUUUAAUGCUACUUGUGUAAGCAGAAAGCCUUCACAUGAAUUAUUAAGUGCUCGUACUGUCAGAAAGGCUGCAGUGUGUCAUAAAAGUGUUUGUAUCACCACCUGUGCACAGGUUUAGAAAUUCUCCCUUUCUUUGGUUUGACUUUAGUUUGUAUCUCCUUGUUGGCUUUCAAGGUGAUUUGCCUUUUACGGGGUACAUUUAUACUGAAACAGUGUUGGGAAUAGUGCAUUGAUGGUGCUGAGAGAGAUACAUACAGUUGUGGUCAGACGUUUACUUACACUCAUCAUGGGCAUGAAUAUCAUAGUAAUUUGGAGCUUUUAAUCAUUUCUUUUCACUGUUCUUUUUCCAGGGUGGAAUGCCUGUACCACAUACAUCUUUAAUGGACUUAAAAAACAAGUUUGAGUUUAUUUCGGAUUUUCUUUAAUCCACACAGGGUCAAAAUGCAACCUCAAACAUGUACUCCUACAUGUUAUUUGGUUAAAUGUCCCCUUAGCAAGCUGCAUCUCGACCAGAUGCUUUUGGUACUCAUCAACAAGCUUCUGAUAUAAUUUUGGCUGGAUGUUUGAGUACUGUUCUUGGCAGAAUUGAAAGAGUUCAUUUAAAUGAGUUAGUCAGUCAGUCAGUCAGUCCACACAUUUACAAUAGUGUUCGAGUCCAGGGAUUUGGGAAGACCAUUCCAGAAUCUUAAUGUUUUCCUGUUUUAUCUAUUCCAAAAAGUUUUGAUUUGUGUUUGGGAUCAUUGUCUUUUUUCACCCAUCUAGCUGUUGGUUCGAGUUGAAGUUGAAGGGUUUGGAGGUUGUCCUCCAUUAUUCCAUCCAAUUGGGCAAUGUACCACUGGCAGCAAAACAGCCCCAGAGCAUGAUGCUGCCACCACCAUGCUUAACAGCUGGUACAGUGUUAUUAACGCUGCAAGCAUCACCUUUACUCCUCCAAGCAUAGCUCUUGUUAUUGUGGCCAAAUUGCUCAAUUAAUGUCUCCCUGGCCAUAAAACGUUCACCAGAAGGUUUUCCAUUUGGGCAGCUGCAAAUUUCAAUCAAGCUUGAAGGUUUCAAUUUUGGAGUGUAGACUUUUUUCUUGGUCUAGUUUACAGAUCAUGGCAGGCUUGAGCCUUAGUGGUUCCUGGGUUGUUCCUGAACAUCCUGAGUAAGUUCCUCUCAUUUGAGGGUGAAGGUGGUAACACAUCUGAAUAACUUGUACUCAUGUACAGUUGUUUGAACUGAUGAUUUGGAAACUUAUUGGUUUAGAAAUGGCUUUAACAGAUCUUCCAACUUGUAUGAAUUUAUAAUUCUCCUUAGAUCUUCACUGAGUUCCUUAGACUUUACCAUUGCUCUGACUAUUCAUCAAUCCAGUGAGUGCUGGAAAAUCAUUUUUAUGCUUCAAAGAACAACUACCACUUGCUGUCAGUCAUGAUCACUAAUGAGAAAUUGAUAUGUAAAUGGACAGGUUCUUAUAUAGCACUUUUCUACUCUACUUGAACACUUAAAGCACUUUAUACGACUUGCCACAUCAUCUACAUCUACAUACAAGUGAUUUCUAUGUUACAUUCAUACACACAUCAGACGGCAUCCUGCCCAAGGAUACUUAGGCAUGAGACUGGAGUAGCCAGGGAUUGAACCACCAACCUUCCAAUCAGUACCAUGACCCUGCCUGGAUUAGAGAAAACAAAAAAUCAAAAUAAAUUCAAACUUGUGCACUCAAUUCGUUUUUUUUAGUUUUCUAAAUUAAUUCCACCCUGGAAAAGAAAGAACAGUAGAAAAAAGAAAGAAAUGGGAUCAUGAAAAGCUCAAAAUUUCCAAUACAUUUAUGCCCAUGACGAGUUUAUGCAAACUUCUAACCUCAACUGUAACAGAUGACCUUGCCAUGAUUUGAAGCUGAUGUAAAGCUACAGUAAUUAUGCACUAAAUUGUUCAGCUGAUCACCCUUUACAUUUGUUUACAUUCACUGGCUAAAGACUGAGGUAAAAUACUGAAAUUAAUUUGGGUUAAAACUAAUAACGACAUUGAUAUAAGCUUACUUGAGCUGUUUAAAAAUGUAUCAUAUCUUUUUGGACAGAAGGGGCUCAAAAUUUAGUUUUCAGUAGUCAUUCAGUGAUAUACAUACAUAUUGUAAUUUAACCACAACUAUUAUCUUUUCCUAAAAUAGCCAAGUAGCUAAGUAGUUUUAGUGCCUGGUCAAACAGUGAGUGAAAACAAAGUUCAAAUGUAAGACUAAUAGAAAAAUUUGACAGCCAGUAAUCUUGUGUGGGAUUUUAACUCUGGGCUUGUACAAAAAAAAUCCCUCUAGUUUACGUUACCAGGCCAUAAAGUAAACUUUAUUGCAUGUGAUUCUGACUACAAAAGACAACAAAUUCAUGACAGAAGCAGAAAUUAUGAUUCAGUUGGUUAAUAAUCUAUAAUGUAAAAUAUUCCUGUUGGAUUAUAGUUGCAAAACUAAAACAGAAGUUUGUAAUUUGAGGUUUGAAGAGAGGUGGUAAGCCAUUUGAUUCUGUCAUGAAACUCUCAGAAGCAGCUAGCAGCUACUUCAUUCAUGAAAAGCUGUUUGCUCACCUUUUGGUUACCCAAGUAGAGCUCAAUGUCUAAUUCGCACCAUAUGCAAAGUGAAAGUACUUGUGAAUUCAGCCGCAUUAGGAACUCAAAUAUUAGCCCUUGUUAGCCAACAGGAUGAGAAAAAGUACAGACGAUAGUUGGAAUCAAGACAAAGAAACAUAUUUUCACACCUUAUCAUGAAGCCCUCUAUGCCCUUUUUUUAAUUUGCUAUCUUUACAUCAGAUAUUUGAAUCAGAUGGUUCCAGCUGUGCUCAAUAAAUUAGUCUUCUACUUCUGGAGGCUUCAGGAGAGAAUUCACAGUCAGCGGUAAAAUUCCAUCUAAUGGGUUUUUGCAACUCAAUUUUGGGCCAAAUGCAUUUCAGUUUGCCUGAUUACAUAGACUUUGUGUGUAAUUGCACCUUAUGAAUACUUUUCUUAAAGUUUGGUGAGAAUGCAUCAUAACCCUGAUGAUGUCAUCAGGUUUAUCGUAGUUUGGGCUGGUUAAAAACACAUUGUUUGGUGGUGUUAACAAAGAGACACUGUCUGAUACUAAGGGGUAAAAGUUUGAAAAUCACACCCACGUUGCUUUGAUUCUGACUAUUUUGUCUCUUUGGAAUUAAAAUAUGUCAGUGUGCAGUGCCAAAGUCUUGGAGUACCCAGAAAAAACAGACUGAAGCUUAUUAAGCUCACUAUGUUUGGACUGAUCACAUUUUGUGUGCAGACUUCUCCUUCAACAGAAAUAACUUUAGUGAAAGAGGCGAACACUCAGUACUGACAUGAAAUUGCUGCCUGUUACUGCUUACACAUAAUGAGACAUUUUGACCUGGGUACGAAAAUGCCAUAAGAAGACAUUCCAAAUUCAUCUGGGUUUUAUGUUUGACUUCUUGUCUAAGAAGCUGCUUCAUCAGUGACAAAGGAAAAUGUUUAGGGCCAAGCUGAUUCUCUCUGAGCCACUUCAUGUUGUUAAACUGUGAUAAUGACAUUUAUACUACUACAACUGCUAUGUAUACCAACAUGUAUCUAUUAACAAACUGCCAUUCAUUUCUUCAACAAUCUGGAAAUCAUAAGUAGGAUUCAGAGAAUUCUACAGAUGAUUCUAAGAUAAUAAUGAUGAAGUGUUGUUAAUGAAAGUAUUCAGUAUUAUUUUCUUCUUUUGUAAUGAUGAGGUGUGUGUUAGCGUGUGUGGUGAAGGAACGUAAUUUUGUACAGGAUUUGAUUACCUCUGUGUUUUAAUGAUAAUGACAGUGAGCCAUAUUCAGCGUAAAACACCUUUCUUAUCAAGAGGAAAGGGCCAUACCACUGCAGAUUGAAUAUGGUUUGGAUUUUUGUUUUUUGCAUUUACAGAAUCAUUUCUUUUGUAUUCCAGUAGCAAGCUUACUGUCUGUGAGUUUGGGGAGACAUGUUGAGUGCGGACAACAUGAUACAAAUGUGAGCAGGAAGCAGAGAGACAUACAUUUUUAAUGUCCUGUAUUAAAAUUUGCAAGCUUCUCAAAUUAAAGUGUUGGUUGGACAUGCAGAAAUAACUGCUAAAUAAAAGCCCAAACUCGAAACUAAGAUUAUUAAAAGUGAUGAAGCAUAAAAACAAAAAUGUUAAGGAACUAUGGAAGAUCAGGGCUGUCAGAAAAAAAUGUAAACAAAAUAUCUCUGUCUCGGUUUUUUUGUAUCUAUGACAAACAGACAUGGCAUGACAAACGAGAGGAGUUCUGUGAGUGACUGGCAGUACAAGUUAAUUUCAAUAAUGACGACCACUCGGUUUACAGCAGUGCAAAUUAGCAGGAUCUGAUAUGAGAACAAUAUCAGAUAUGUUAAGCUAUAUAUUAAAAUUCACAAGAAGAUCCAGUGAUUUUAAUGAUUCUCUAACAGGAAAGAAAGCACGCUGGAGUUGUUCAGGCAGGUCAUUCUACAACUGAGGAGUGGAGCAAAUGCUCAGUCAUGCUUUGUCUUUAAGCGUGAAGUUCUCUGGUUCCUGGUGAGGAGUGCUUGCUGCACUCUGGUUUGUAUGAAGACAGCAGUUCCAAAAUGCAUUGUGGAGGCAGACAUUUUGAACAAUCUAGAAUCUAUUCAUUGAUUUGUGGUUGAUAUCGGUUAAAGGGUUUUAUAUUUAACUACACUAAAACCUGAAAAUAGAUCUGCAAAAAAUGAAUGAACUAAAAUGGAAUAAAUAAUACAGAAGAAGUAUUAAUAUUUGUUAGUUUGGUCAAAUGAUAUCACAACUUGCCUGAUGAGACUUUGAUGGAUGUGUUUGCUAAGACUCUAUAAGAGUGAGUCACCACUUUAAAAAUUCUCUGUGUUUUUAUUGUAAUACCUAUUCCGAUUUUCCUAAAUCUUGUUUCUGAUAUAUGCCUGGCAUUCAAUAAUAAUUAGGAAGACUAAAAUUAAGACCCAAACAAAUAGAAACAAUAAACCCAAACAUUUUCAAACAAUUAAAACAAACUGGAAACUAAAGUGACUUAAGUUAGAAUGAAAUAAACAUAAAACUAAUUAGAAAAAAAAUUCAAAGAUGUAAUAAUUCUGGUUUGUUAAAAGAAUGAAAUAAAAGCAUGAAUCAUAAAUGUAAAGAAAGUGAUAUUCCUCAGAUGGUAGAAGCAGGACUGGACUAAAUCUGAAAAGUCAGAUUAGAAUCGAAUAGAACUCCAACUCAUAGAGGACUGAUGACUCCUAUUUUGUAAAUAUUUAGUUGAAUUUUACUGAAAUUGGAAAUACCUUUAUUUUUAAAAGAGUUUAAAGAGUUGAUCGUCAUUGACAUAGCAAUGAAAUGAAAUGUUUCUCUAUACAGUGUGGCCAAGUAGCAGUAUAUAGUAUAAAAUUAAAUGGGAAAAGAAAUUAAAACAUCCAAUUUCAGUUUUAUGUAUCUUUUUAGUUUUUUAAUAUUAGCAGUUCUGGACAUUCAUACAUUCAACUUUAGAUAUACUGAUGCUGAACAUCUCUGCAACUCCAACCAGUGGCGGAUUUGAGCUCCCUGAUUCUCUGCGUUUUUCCUCAGGAAGGAAUGGGAAAGAACAGGUCAUUUUUAAAAUCAGGGUCUCCCAGACAUGUUGAUCUGUUAAUCACAGUCUGUGUGUAUGUGCGCACGUGUGUGUGUGUGCGUGUGUGUGCAUUCAAAAUUUGGAUGUGUAUCAUUUGUAUAUAUAUAAAACCAUGUCGAAGAUAUACAUUGGAUGCAAGGUCUCUAUAAAGUGCUUCCUGAGUCUCUUGUUUUCUAUGUUGGGCCUUCCCUCUGUAUGGUCUGGUAGCCUCAUAGAGUCAUUCUGUAAAUUAACUCUCUACUUAUCCCUGCAACCGAUUUCUGGUGUUUGUACAGAAAAUGAUAAGGGUGUUUCAUAACGCAUGCAGACACAAUAUUAGUACUUACGAAUCUAUAUCUAAGUUGAAAACAUGUAUUUGGUUUAUUUAUGAUCUUAUUUAUUGAUUUUCUAAACUAUGAAAUUCUGUUGAAGUGGUCUGUCAUGCUCUUAUGAUCUUAUGUUGUAUUGUAGAGAGAUGAUUAUAUGUCCAUAACUAUUGAUCAGCCCAUAAUAAAAUAACUAUCGACUCUUCCA